AUGCCAGGCCACUUGACACCACAUUCUGCACUCUGGCAGGAGGAGCUGCCAGACAAGGAAGUGAAGCCGGAUUUCGGUUUGUCGGGAGCACUGGCAGCCGAGACCAACACUGUCAACGGUGUGGUACUACUCUAUCAGGAGCCACCCGAGGCCUCGAUGCCCACACAACAGUGGAGGCUAUACACCUUCAAGAGCGGGGAGCCACAUGGGAAGCCCCUCUUUCUUCACAGGCGAACGGAGAAGGAGGGCGCUGAUGGCAUGAUGGUGGCUGCGGUGCGCCCCUAUCUCAUGGACCUGGGGUCCACCAACGGCACAUUUCUGAAUGGCGAGCGCCUGGAUGACAAGCGCUUCUAUGAGCUUCUGGAGCAGGACAUGAUCCGGACGGGGAACUCCAGCCGCGAGUAUGUCUUGCUGCAUGACAAGAGCGGUGGCAGAUAG